AUGGAGUCUAUAUCCUACGAUGUAGACCCAGACGGCGACAUCGAGCUGAUAUUGAGAAAGCCGAACAAGCAAAAGAUCGUCUUCAGCAAGCUCUCUCCCGGUGAUGAAAACCACAAUCCAGAAGCUGAAGUUCGUAUGCGAGUAUCUUCCCGACAUCUGACUCUUGCGUCUCGCGUAUUCCGAGCCAUGCUUCAAGGGCCUUGGGUUGAAGCAGCUCUAUCAUCUCAACCCAUUCGGCAGAUAUCAACUGAGAGCUGGGACGCUCAUGCUCUGGCUAUCGUUUUGGACUGUAUUCAUGGACGUCACUUCGAAAUACCAACCGAGAUCAGUCCUGGAUUAUUGACUAGGAUCUCAACCAUUGUUGACUAUUACCAAUGCCGUGAGGCCGUACAAGUUCAUUAUCGCCCGUGGACCGACGAAAGUAUUUGCAGACUGCCGAAUGAAAAUGAAGGAGUUGAACUGAAUAUCAUGUGGCUGUUUGUCUCAUGGGUAUUCCAUGAUGAGAAUCGAUUCCUCAAAAUGGCAGAUAGGUUUGUGCGCCUCACCCCAGGAAUAUCCGACGAUGAGACCCAUGAGCUUCCUGUCAGCGGCAUUCUCGAAAAGCUCGACGACAUAAGAGAAACCCUAUGCAACAAAAUCUUCGAAGCCCUAGACGCUCUCCAAGAGGAAUUGAUGGGUGGAGACGGCUGCGAUGAAGAGGACUACUGCAAUGCCGUUCUGCUCCCUAUAUUAAUAGCUGAAAGGGACUGCAUGCAGGACAACUGUGCAAGUACUGUCGAACCUCCAUUUGAUAAAUGCCAAUUACAAGAGGUAUUGGACUUUAUCGAAAAUAUGACUACUCCCGAGUGGGCAGACUUUGAACGCGAAUAUCCCAAUCCCAAGAAGAAGCGCAAGUUUCGCCCCUGCUUUUGCACUAUUCAGGGGAGACUGAAGCCAACCCUGGACGAGAUAGACCGUGAGGCGCGGAGCAUUCGUCUGGCUGAUUUCCAGCCUAAAUAA